AUGUUCGUCGAACCAAUAGUAAAAUUUGUCGAUCGGUUAACGCUGAUUCACGGACGUGAUAAUUUCACCGAGCGCGUUGUUCACUCAUUUACUAUAUGGAUUUUCAUUUUUUUCACAUGUUUGCUGAGUUCGAAACUUUUAUUUGGCAAAUUACUAGUGUGUCAAGCUCCAGCUGAAUCUCCAGACAGCUGGGUUAAUUACUAUCAUGACUAUUGCUACUAUCAAGACAAAUAUCGUCAGGAAAAUUGGAGAGCAGAACAGUUGACUCCGACUUUUGCCGAGAUUAAUAAGAAUCGAAGAGACAAGGAUCUAGUGUUACGUUAUUCCGCUGAAGAUACUGAUAUAAUCACUUACUAUCAAUGGAUUCCCUACGUAAUGAUGUUACAAGUGUUGAUUUGUUUAGUACCUUCCCUCUUCUGGAGUCACGUAGGGCUUCGUUGGUUUCACGGAAACGAUUUCGACGCAGUUUUAAAAGGAUUCGUCGCCAAAGUGGCAACCGCUGAAUCUGAGAAAGUUUGUGAGCGUUAUUUAUCCGAUGAUCAGUGGAAAAGAGUUGCGAAAGAUGCACAUCGUUUACUGAAAAUAAAGAAAAGAGAUCGUUUCGGCUUGCACUCCACAAUGAUUGUCUACGUAAUAACAAAAUGGUUAAGCUUUUUCUGUGCGCUGAUUCAAUUCUGGAUAAUGGCAGGAUUAUAUGCAGACGCCAGUUUUUUCUGGGGAUUCCACUUAACCUAUGAAAUUAUUAAUGGAGUCACUAAAGAUUUAGCGAGUGGAUUGUUUCCACGAGUUGUUCAGUGUCACGUAGCAAGAACGGCACUUGGUACUGUACAAGGCCAGGAACUGCAUUGUCUCUUAACCCAGAAUUUUAUUAACGAGAAGGUUUUCUUAUUCCUCUAUUGGUGGAUCAUGUUCACAUUGUGUAUAACGUUCAUUUCGGCAUUUCGAUUUACCAUGUUGCUCUUGAUUCCGGCGUAUCAGAGAUACACAACAAAAUCUUUAAUACCUACUCAGGAAUAUUUCCUAGAAGUAGCCGGAGGACAAGGACAAUCACCGACUUCUACAAAUUGUGACCUUCUCGAGUAUUUUAUCGAUUACCUGGGUACACAAAUCAAUCCUACUGCUCCACCUAUGGAUGUGCAUGAUGGUGGAGGAGACAUGAGAUCAAGCACUGGAAAAGAGAAGAACAAAAAGAAGAGUUUGAGCCAACUCAAAAAAGAUAUGGAUGAGCUGAAGAAGCGACUUGCCUCAAUUAAUAUUGAGGAAGAGCAGAAUGACGAGACUCGGCCAUUGAUUAGUGAAGACCCGUCCUCUUCCUCUAGCCGAACGCCAUCUCCCCCAAUGGUUCAAAACUUUCCAAACGACGAAGUGUUCAAUGAGAGCGAGCUUGCCGAGAAUUCGUAA